AUGGCCGACGAAGAGGAAGCUGAAGAGGAGCCAAGCAUUCUUGAAGAAGGUUACGCUGUCAGUGCUAGACAUAGUGGCAGCGACAGGGGUGGAGCCAUGGGCCGAUCGCUAGUGACAGCUGGUCCCUUCAUGCCUCUGUGGUUUGCUUUGACUGCUGGGCAGGUGGCCGCAGAGUGGCCUCAAACAAGUGGAGGUUCUGUUAUAGGAACCACCCUGCCUGCAAGUGCGGGAGGGGUCGAGGUGGAUCAGUUCCUUGGCGUCCCCUUUGCAAGGGCUGAACGCUUUCAACCUCCCGUGGACUUCCAAGAAGCCUAUCCAGGAGGCAGUGUCACGGCUACCAUGUGGGGCGCGGCCUGCAUGCAAGUGGCAGGGGAUCCUACGCAGACAUAUGGGAGCGAGGAUUGCUUGAAGGCGAAUGUUUGGAGUCCGCGCACCGCUUGGCAGACACAAAAAAAGCUGCCGGUCAUGGUUUUCAUCUACGGAGGCUCCAAUCAGUUCGGGGAGGCGGAGCCCUAUAACAUGAGCGCGCUGGCAGCUUUUCACGAUGUCGUGUGCGUGUCCUUCAAUUACCGCACGGGGCCGUUGGGCUGGAUGGCAUUCCACGAAGACGUGGAGGCAAAUCGGUCUACUGGCAACUGGGGCAUCCUCGACAUUCAGAGUGCCCUGCGCUGGGUUAAGAAGGAGGUCGCGGCCUUCGGCGGCGAUGCCUCACGUGUGGCCAUCCACGGACAGAGCUCUGGGGCAGGUCUUGUGGAGCUGCAGUAUGUCUCGCCCCAGUCAGCUGGCCUCUUCCAGGGUGCGAUCAGCGAGUCAGGCAGUCUCAGCGCCAUGAACCUGUCCAUCGCCUUGGCAAGCGCCACAAAGAUUGCGUCCAGCUUGGGCUGCGCCACAGCGCAGAAGGUGAACAAAACAUGUCUCGCUCGAGUUCCGGCGCUGAAUCUCACCAUGACCACGUACUCGGCCCCGUGGUCGCCCGUCACAGACGGCGUCACGUUCCCGCUGGCACCCCAGGAGUUGCUUCGCUUGGGACGCGUCAAUCCAGCAACUGUGGUUUUGGGGGCGCAGACCAACGACAGCAACCUCUUCCUCUUCCGUGACUACACUGAGGAUGGCCUGGAUCAGCCGAAUGAUCGGCCUGACGGUGCUCUCAAGCCGAUGUCCGAUAAGCAGUAUGGAGUGCGGCUGUUUGCUCGAGUUGGUCCACGUCUGUUGGGCAAGGCUCUGAGCUUGUACCCGCCCGUCGCAGGGAGUAGCAUCUUGAACGUUCAUCAGCUCGGGAACGUGGAAUCUGAUCAGAGUCACUGCCAGAUCCGGCAGCGCGCCUCGUGGUUUAACAAGGCACAUCCUGGGCGGGCCUUCACCUACCGCUUCGAUUACUGGUACACCGGCAAUCCAAAUUGCAGUGCUGUCCCAAACUAUCACUUGCCCUACCUGGGGGCUGCCCACCAAGAUGAAGUGACUUUUGUACUGGGCCAGCCGAAUUUCAUGGAGGAUGGCAGCUGCUGCGGUCUGUGGGGCUUGACCACCCCAGACUGCCCGCACCUCACGCGAUGUGAGGCCUGCUACGCUCCAAAUCGUUUUGGCCAGGAAGGUUAUCGAGCCUAUUUCAACGACAAGGAGUGGGACUUUGCCCGAACUGUUGGAACCUUUUGGACCAAUGUCGCAUCCAGUGGCGACCCCAACUGCAGGGACAAGUGUGUCACGCCGGGCACCUGGCCGAAAUUUGCAGCGGGUGGCGAGGUUACUCAGAACAUUGUACUGAAUGCCUCGUUGCCCGGUGGUGCAAUGGCUGAAGAGACUCCACAUGGUCGCCCCGAGAUUUGUGCCUUUUGGGAUGCAGUCGCUGCAGAUGCAGAGACCACGCAUUCAGACAAGCUUCUCGAUCGAUCAUUGAAGCUCUUGAAGAAAGCCGUGUCGGAGAAGCAGACCAGGCGUGGAGUUCCCGAGGUCACCAAGGCAAUCCGCAAAGGACAAAAGGGAGUUUGUUUCUUAGCUGCCGACAUAUUUCCAAUGGAUGUUUUCGCCCACGUGCCCCUGCUGGCCGAGGAGAAGGGCGUGUACUACUGCUACGUGUCUUCCCGGCAUCAGCUCGGUGCCGCCUGCCAGACGCGGCGGCCCAUCAGCUUGGUAAUGGUUCUGGAGCCCAAGAGUGAUGCGACAUACGCGAAGACUUACGAGCAGGUUCUGAAUGGAAUCAAAGCGAUUCACCCCUACAUGUGA